GGAACAGCCUUGUUUACCACAAGCGAAAAAGGAUUUCUCACGAAAUCUAACGUACAAUUAAACCCAAGCAAGUUACUUACUUCCAGCGAUGCUUUCAAGGCUUAACGUCUCCAAGGGAAAGGGUUAUGUUUCUUAUCUCACGCUUAAUAACCAAUGUCGUUUGUGCCAUGUUUCUCCUAGUGACCAAGGAAGUCGUCACUUAUUGAAAGACGAAGUACAACUAGACCGAUGUGAGGGAGAAAGAUCUGGAGUUGCAGUUAUUUCACUAAAUCGGCCAAAGGCCAAAAAUGCCAUCAGUGUCCGCUUUUUACAUUUAUUUACAGAAGCAUUAGAAUUUUUAAAACAUGAUAAGUCUGUGAGAGCUGUUAUAGUUCGCAGCAAUGUGCAAGGAAUUUUCUGUGCAGGUGCUGAUCUUAAAGAACGAGCAAAAAUGGCACAGUCAGAUGUUGGUCCUUUUGUAAGUAAGCUGAGAGCAAUGGUUUCUGGAUUGUCUACCUUACCUGCUCCAGUAAUUGCUGCAUUGGAUGGAGCUGCAAUGGGUGGUGGAUUGGAGAUUGCUCUAGCUUGUGACCUGCGAAUUGCAGCCUCAUCUGCAAAAAUGGGAUUAGUUGAAGCAAAGCUUGCCAUAUUACCUGGAGCUGGUGGGAGUCAGAGAUUACCUCGUUUAAUCGGUGUCCCUUUGGCUAAGGAGCUCAUAUUCACUGGUCGUGUCAUCGAUGGAAAAGGUGCACAUGAAAUUGGUUUGGUAAAUCAUGUUGUUGACCAGAACAAAGACGGAGAUGCAGCCUACCACCGUGCCUUGGAAUUGGCAGAAGAAAUCUCGCGCAAUGGACCCAUUGCUGUACGUAUGGCUAAAUUGGCAAUCAAUUAUGGGUCUGAAGUGGACCUUGCAACUGGAUUAGCAUUUGAGGAAACCUGCUAUGCCCAAGUCAUCCCAACCAGAGAUCGCAUGGAAGGUUUACAAGCCUUCCGGGAAAAACGAACGCCUACGUACUUAGGAGAAUAAGCAACAUGGUACAAUGGAGUUUCGCUGCAAUGUUUAGUGUCAACUGUAUAAUGUGAGAUGGCAAUUUAUGUAUUUCGCGAUCCAAUUACAAGGCUUGUGCGAA